AGCACUCAGAUCUAUGACCACACUCGCCUGCUAGCUGCUAUCCAGAGACUUAAUGUUAGCGUGUUAAACCCAUAUUCUCCGUCCUAAACUAAGCGUUACCCCACGAUUUAUAAUAUUAACAACAAAAUCAUCUUAGCCUGGCUAAAAUGGCUAACUUGAUAUCACUAGGGACUGUGUAAGAACAGAAUCAAGUGAAAGUAAACAGUGGAUAAAUUAGCUAAUUAAUGAGUAUAUGUAGCUUCCCAUUUCACAAAAAAAUAUGAAAUAUGUAUAAUAUACGUAUAAUAUAAAAAAAAUGUAAAAAUUAUUUAUGUUUUACACUUGUUAUGCUAGCUAUCUUGUGUAAGUAACUAGCUAUCAACAUCACCAAGCUAUGCAAGAUUCUGAAUUUUCCCGUAUCAGUAGAACAUUUGCAGAUAGAGUAUUUAUAAUAGUGUAAUUUAGCCUGUCUUAUUUUAUUAUGAUUGUUUUUUGUUUACAUUAAUGUUUCGCUUGAUUACUUGCUGUUUACUUAGUGUUUUGUGUGUCUUCCAGAGCACAUCACAGACAUUGGUGACACCCAUCAUUCAUACCAGUACCCAAACAGACCCACCCAGCCUUUUAUGUCGGGCUACACAACUUUCAAGGGGUACAUUAGGCCCUGACUUUAGAAGCAAAGGUACCCAAACAGAGUCUUUCAUCACAAGUACGAGUAUUGCCACAAGUACUUUGGAUGCACCGUGGGGGCCUGUACACUCUACACCCAUUAAGUCUGUUGUUCCAAGGGCAGCUAAAAGACCUUGGGUAGAUGAAGAGGAGGAGGAGGAUGAAGAGAGUGACCACUGCACAGUACCAACUGAACCCCAGUCCUCCACCUAUGAUCCAGCUCAGUCAAUAAGCAGUGUAAUAGAACCAUCACAGAUUACUGAUACAUCUUCAACUGGUUACAAAGACUUCAAGUACAUAGUAUUUGAGAAGAACCUCAUGGAACUUUUUGAAACUUGUCCAGUGUGCAGCCGGUUAUCAGAUGUAAAGACCUACAGACGAGGAACGUUUGUGUCCAUCAUCCAAAAAUGCCAUCACUGCCAAUAUUCCAAGAAAUGGAAGAGCCAGCCACUAAUUGGGAGCUCCCCUGUAGGCAACAUACAACUGUCUGCUGCUAUAUACUUCACAGGCUCUUCAUAUUUUCAAGUCAAAAAGGUAUUUCAAGCCAUGCAUCUGCGAAACAUCAGCUACACAGCAUUCCGUAGGCAUGCAAACAGUUACCUAGAACCAGCUGUGGUAUACAAAUGGCGCCAGUACCAAGAAACUGAAUUACAGUUCUUGAGCCAGAGAAAAGUCAAGAUUGGAGGGGACAUGCGAGCAGAUUCACCAGGCCACUCUGCCAAAUAUGGAACUUACAGUGUAAUGAAUCUGGAGACCAACAACAUCAUCGACAUUCAACUAAUACAGAGCAAUGAGGUUGGAGGGAGCCACAACAUGGAGAAAGAGGGACUGAAAAGAAGCCUACAGCAUUUGGAGUCCAAGGGUGUGGCAGUCGAUUACAUUGUCACUGACCGUCAUCCCCAGAUCCAAAAAAUUCUCCGUGACAGACAAAUAACCCACUACUAUGAUGUCUGGCAUUUGGAAAAAGGUCUUUCUAAGAAAUUAGGAAAGGUGGCGAAAGAAAAGGACUGCGAGGUGGUGAAGAAGUGGCAGCAGGGAAUCAAGAACCAUGUCUACUGGUGUACAACUUCCUCAUCCUCAGGGCCAGAGAAAGUUGCCAAAUGGACAUCUGUGGUGAACCACGUGCAAGACAAACACACCCACGACAACCCUCUCUACCCACAAUGCCAACAUCCAAUCCGUCAGAGCAGAGAUCGUAAGAAGUGGUUUCAGCCAGGUUCUAAAGCCCUCUACAAAUUGGAGAAAAUACUGACCAAUAAGAGGGUCCUCGGUGACGUUGAGAGGCUAAGCUCCCGUUACCAGACCUCAACACUGGAGGCAUUCCAUAGUGUGAUUUUGCGCUUCACACCCAAAAGUGUGGUCUUCCCUUUCAUUGGGAUGUUAUGCAGACUAUAUCUGGCUGCAAUGCACUUUAAUGAAAAUGCUGGUCGGACUCAGGCCAGAACAACUUCAGGAGUACUGAGGUACCGAUUGCAUUUUCCAAAGGCCAAAAAGGGAGGACACACCGUGAAGUCAGUAAAAUCACCACCAACAUACUGCUACGUCUACAACCUGAUUGCUGCAGUGUUUGACGACAUCGUCCCCAAUCCCCAGCCCUACUUGGAGGAGUUCAAAAAGAUCCCUAUUCCUGGUGACUUGUCCUCAGAGUUCUACCGUCCUCCGCUGACAGAAGCUGUGGCUGCAUACAGGUCUCGCUUUAGCCAAGAGCAGCCCUAAAGCCGACAUAUUGGCCCUCUGUGUCUGGGAAUUCCCUUCUGAUCCGCAGGACAACACAAGCUGGAACAACAACUCGGACCUUUCUCCCUAAAUAACCCCAGCACCAGCUUACAAAUGACCUGUAGGCCAGAUGUCUGCAUCGCCUAGUAAACAGAGACAUUUGUAAAUUCUGAACAUUGUUUCGAUGUUAUUAUUUUGUUUUGCCUUAUUUUUCAAUUCUACUCUAUGUAAAUAUAAUAAAAAGGUAUUUAAUUUGACAAUGGA